CAAGAAAGGCAGAGCCCAAAGGAGGGAGUCACAGAUUGCCAAGGAGAGAGGAACUGAGGGGCUGGAACUCCACAUGUGCAUCUGGAUCCAAAAACCACUGGACUCUUAAGCAACAACUAAAUGAGAAACAACACAGAAUGUUCUGGAGCUACAAAUCAGAGCAGAGCCUUUUCUAAACCCAGCAAGAAAAGGGGUGGGAAGAGCAUCCAUUUCUCAAGAAACCUUUCAACACAGCAAGACUAUUGUAACUACUUCUGGGGAUUAUUCUUUUUGUGUAUCUUUUCAGGGAAACUAUUCAAUGAAAUGUAUUCUGUGGGGGAUCUGCAGAAUAAUUGAAAAACAACUUUUUGUAACUUCAUAAUAAAUCCAGUGUUGAGCUAUUUUACCUCGGAGCGCAAAUAAUGUCAGAGAAAGAAUUUUUGGUCUUUUUUUUCCUAUUUCUUUGUCUAAGUGUGAGUACAGUCAAGAGCCAGGGUUCUACCCAAGAUGCCUUUUUACUCCAGUACCUGGAGAGGAGAUUGGUUCAGAUAGAGGAGCGGCUGAAUCAAUGUGAGCAAAACACAGUGAGCAUAACUCAGAAGACCUACGAUGUCUCUUCAGAAAUGCGAGCUCAUCUGUCCACCUUGAAUGUUAUGAGAUCAGAGGUGAGGAGCCAGCUGGACAGCAUCUCUGCACGUGUAGAGCGAGUGGAGAGAGAACUGGAAUAUCUCGAAAACAAAAUGCCCGCACAAUCGGAUAUCGAGAUGGAGGAGGCGCUGCUUGAACAACAGAUAAAAGCAGCAGAACUCGACCAGAUAAAGAGGAAAGCUAAAAUCAAAGUGGAAAAUGAUUGCAAUGUAGCCUUGAGUCAAAUCAAGUCUCUCAAAAUGGUGAAAAAGAUGGGAGAUAACGCAGGCUCCUGGUUCAAGGACCCUUCUGAUGGCUCAGCCAAGGUCUACCUGCUGAGUGGAAUCCGGAACGACACACUGCUGGAGUACACAUCGCUACAAAGCUUCUCAGAGAAAGUUGCGGUACCCCCGGGAAAAGUGGUCAAGUUGCCUUCUUCGUGGCAGGGAACAGGCCACAUAGUCUACAAUGGAUUCCUCUACUACCACAAAGCAGACACGCCCAACCAGAUACUAAAAGUUGACUUGUCCAAUGGCACAGUGGUGGACAGCACCAUUCUCCCAAAUGCUGGUCGUCUCCCAGUGUACAGCUUGAAUACCAACACUUACUUGGACAUGGCUGUGGAUGAACUAGGUCUUUGGGUCAUUCAUGCUGACCCGGAAUACGAUGGAAACUUGGUUAUAACUAAACUAGAUAAAGGAAACCUGGCAGCCGAGUAUAUCUGGGAUACACAGUGUAAAAGUCAUGAUGCUGAAGGAGCAUUCAUAAUAUGUGGGACUCUUUACGUUGUCUACAACACACACUAUGGUGGGCGGUCAACUGUACAGUGUCUCUAUGAUAUUCACGACACCAUCCACAGUGCUGAGAGUCCUGUGGUGUUCUUUCCAAAACGCUACACAAGCCACAGCAGCAUCCACUACCACCCUGGAGACAAACAGCUGUACGCCUGGGAUGAUGGCUACCAGACAAUAUACCAAGUAGAGACACAUCCCAGUGAUCAAAUUACAGCUGAGUAAAAGUUUAUUUCACAUAUUUUCUCUUCUAAAGUGAUCAUAUUCCUAACAGUUAUUACACACAAUAAGUAUUCACACAUUAAGCCCGUGUUACAGUCUUUUGUCCUGGUACUUUGCAGACAGUAGACCAAAUAAAUGUUACAUGUUGUAUCACAAUAAUAAAGAGCAUUAAAAGGCAUGUGUGUUUUCAUUCAAAUUUAAGCAAGCCACUUUUAAACUAUUAGUAGAGGUACUUCCAGCUUCAUAGAAACCUGAAUAGAUUUGAGAAAUUCAGGUUUGUAGCAGAAAUUAAAAGACCAUGCAUAUUGUAGAAUAAACCUCACAUAUUUCAAUUUAGUGGUCACAUACAAUACACGUACACACACACAAAUAUAUGUGUGCAUGUAUUGUAUGUGACCUUUAGACCACUAGAUGGAGACAUAAUGCAAUUAAUAAAAUACUUUCCAGAUCUGUUAUCUUAAGACCAUAAAGUGGAUAAUUGAUAGACAUGAUUAAAUAAUGUUCUCUGUAUUGGUGGUUCAUUUGAUCAAUGAUGCUAUCAUCCCGCACUAAAAGGUUGUUAUGAUUUAUCCUACUUUGAAAUGUACAAUCAAUUUAACACCCCUGAAGCACCCAUUUGUCAGCAUCUUGUGUGUUCAUUUUUUCAAGUAUUACAGAAAAUGGAUGGAUGGAUGGAUGGACUUUGAAAUCAAAUACAUAGGAACUUUCUUGAAAAUCCAAUAUCAUUUGUAUGUGCAUUUUGUUGCUGUUGUUUUAAAUCAAUCAUCUUAAAUAAAUAAAAACUUCCAUUA